AUUUCAAUAUAUUUUAGAAUUAAUAAAAUAUGGCUGUUUUGCCAAUAAAGAAAGAAAUAGAGGAUGUAAAUGCAGAUUCUGGUAAAACACAAAGCAAGAAUCUUCUAAACCAAUUUUGGAAUUUGGCUUCUCUCGAUGAUUCGAUGAGGAUAACAUCAGUUGUAAAUGUUAUUACUGAAUUAAAAUCUUCUGGGAAAAAGGCUGAUCUUGAUUACACAGUACAAAGAUUGGUGAAGGGUUUGAGUUCCUCAAGAAAAGCUGCACGUCAGGGUUAUGCUACAGCUCUUACUCACAUCUUAAAAGAAUUUCAAGAUGUAACUACAGACACUAUUUUGGAAUUAAUGUCAAAACAUUUAGCUGUCACUGGGGCACUGAAAGGACAGGAAGAGCGAGAUAAUUACUUUGGACAAGUUUUUGGAUUUCUUGCGAUAUGCAAAGCAAAAGUUGCAGAAGAUACUACAUCCUCUGGUGUAAAAUCAAUUAUGGAAAAGUUGGUUGUUCUCAUGAAAAAGAAAAGUUAUAUUCAUGAAAUAUGUGGAAAAGCAAUAUGCGAUGUUUUAAGCUCCAUUGACUAUGAUGUCUUUACAGAACAAGUGGAAUCAACUUUAAAAUCCAUUUUACAGAAGGGAUGGGCUUCUUGUACGCCUGAAGAACUUAUGAUCUUGUUAACUAUAGAAAAUCAGUUUAAGACCGAUUUACCCAAAAAAUAUUUUAGGCAACACUGGAAUAAGUCGAGUUUACUGCACAAAGAAAAUUACACAAAUCUUUUAAAAGUUUUAAUGGACACAUCGAACACUGCCCAUCCUCGUGUUCACAUUUUGUGGGAUCACAUUACCGAACAUUUUGUGUCAGAUGCAUCAGUAGAUAACUUUCAAAUAUUCUGGAAAAUCGUUGUAGAAGAUGGACUACUAGAGUCGACGCACAAAAGAAAAUUUUUAGCUCUGAACAUUAUGCUGAAGUUCUUACCGAAAAUCUCUUCACAGCAGGUGAAUGUAAUUCUCAGUGCACAGUUGCUUCGUUGUAUCAUUAACAGUUGUCAAUCAAAAGAAAACUACUUGUUCAAUGCUGUCAAGGACGUGUUACGAAAGAUUCCAGAAGAAGUUGACAAAAACAAUGAUGCUAAUGUAAAAUUGUGCGUCAUAAAACGACUAGUUGGCAGCAAUGGCCAUAUUUGUUUUGAUUCCAUUACCCAUGUGAAAACAGUUGAACAGUUGACCAUCAAGAUGAAAUCUGGUUUAGUUGAAUAUUUUAAUUGGCUCAAGAGUGUUUUUGUUUCUGGAUCAACUGCAGAUGAGGAGGAGGAUGAUGAGCAGGAGGAGGAGAAAGAGGCUCAAGAAAAAAAGAAAAUGACAAAACGCACUGAGAAGGACAUCACUUUGUGUCGAGGUUGGGUUGUUGGCCAGUUAGUCAUUCUGGCUCGAUGUUGUAAAGCACAGAAUGAAGAAGACCUUCUCAUACAAAUUUCGUUGUUUUUAUUUCUGCACAGUUUUUUUGUUGUGGUAAAGAGAAACAAAAAGGAAACACUGUUAAAUGAAGUACCAGUCCAAUCGAUCAGCGAAGCAACACAUGUGGCAUGUCAACAAAAGUUUUUGACAGUCCUGAAUGAAAUUACAAAUAUACAUUGGCCAGUUGAACAGAAAGAAAAAAGACUACACACCUUUGGAGGUCUGGCUCAGGAUGGAGAGUUUUACGCUAUGAAGAUUCUGGAAUACGCUAAGCAUCUGUUGACUCUACCAAAAUAUGUGAAUUUAAAGGAUGCCUGGAUACCAGAGGUUUUUGAAUCUUUUAACAAUACAAUGGAUGUUAUGACUGACAUGAACACUGAGUCUGAAGAAACUGAGCACAUAACGAAGACGAAAGGACCACAACUGUUAUUUAUACACACCACUUUGCAAUUAUUUUCAAACAGAGAAGAAGCAGUCAGUAUAUUGCAAGAAUUGCAUACGUGUUACAAAAAGGCUGAAGAGAAGAAAAAAACAAAGAAAAAAGAACCACAUUGGACUGAAGUGUUAACAGAAAUCUUGUUAAGCUUCUUAGCACAAUCUUCACAUUUGCUUCGUCAAGUUGUUGAUAUGGUGUUUCCGUCUAUAGCACCUCACCUCACACAAGAAGCGUUGGAGCAAUUGAUAAAUGCAAUCAAGCCGAAGCAUAAAAAUGAAGAAGAUUUUGAUCUGAUUGAUUCUGAUGAAGAGGAGGAAAAUAGCGGGGAGACAAAUAAGAAAGGCAAUGAUAGUCCGGCAAAAGAGGAUGAUGAUGAAGGUGAAGAAAAUGAUGAUGAGGAUGACAGUAGUGACAGUGAUGAUGAUAAUGAGGAAGACGAUGAAGAUAGUGACAUGGAAAUUGAUGACACCUUCAAAACCGAACUAAAAGCUGCACUUGGUGAUUUUGCUGUCAACAGUGAUGAUAGUGACAGUGGUGAUGAUGACAAGGAUGAACAGAGUGAUGAUGAAGCAGAUGUUGACAUGGACACAUGCGAUCCUAAACAAUUGCAUGCUAUGGAUCAGGCAUUAGCUUCUGUUUUUAAAGCACGCAAACAAAAACAGUUAGACAAGAAAAAAAAGAAAGACAUGAAACAAACUGUUUUGCAUUUCAAACUUAGAGUUUUGGAUCUUGUUGAAAUAUUUAUUCGUAAACAGCCAAAGGAUCCAAAGAUUUUGCAAUUUGUGGAGCCCUUGUUAGAUGUCAUACGAGCUUCACAUGGCCACACCAAGGAGUUGGCUUUAUUUGAGAGAACAUUGGGGAUUUUUAAAAACAAACUUUGUCAUCUACACGAGUAUCCUUCUGGUAGUGAUUUGAGUUCUGAGCAAGUUCACUUGCAGAUCGAGCGAUUGAUCCAGUUAGCUAAAACAGCUUCGUCAGCAUUAUUUGUUAAUUACAUCACCCAUGGUAUUGUUUAUUUGAUCAGAGUUUUACGUGGAACUCCUGAAAUAAAAGGUCCUUCUCCAUUAAGAACGAGAUCACAGCGUAAACGAAGAGAAACCAUCACACAACCUAUAGCUGAGCAUAUUGGCUGUUUAGAUGAAAAACGACUUACUAAAUACUAUACUGAUGCGCUGAGUGAAUUUAUGACAAAACGGUCAAGCCAUUUACAACCCUCUUUAUUUAUUGAAGUAAUACAACGUUUUCCUGACAUUGGAUGGAAAAUUGCGCCAUCUCUUCCCCAAUAUCUCAACACAGCUUGCAACAAUUUCAGAAAAGUGAAAGCAUGUGAAAUGUUGAAACUUCUCUUCUCGAAAAAGACAAAAAACUUUGCUGAUGAUUUACUACAAAUAUCUGCACCAUUGCUGAAACAAGUUGCACAGAUUUUGGAAAGCAUUCGAACAGACAACACGUCGUUGAAAGCGCGUCAAAUCCACGAUAUUGUUCAUUUGAUUGCAGUAUUCGUGAAAGAAGUUGGAAAACAUGAAGAGUUACGAAAUAAAAUUGAGUUUGAUGAAUUAAAAACAACGGUUGAAAAUACGAUUGACAGUGCAGUAGUAAGCCGCUCUCCAUCGUUGCAGUCUUACUGUAGAACUAUUGUUAUCGCCAUGGAGAGUCUUUGGCAAACAGACAAUGAAUUGAAAAAGAAGAAGACAACAAAAUAAAUGUAUUUUUUAUAUAAUUUGAUAACAACAAAUUUAUAC